AUGAAGCUCUCCUUCAGGGAUCUCAAGCAGCAAAAGUUCACCAUCGAUGCCGAGCCAUCAGAUACAAUCGCGCAGGUGAAAGAGAAGAUUGCCGCAGAGAAAGGAUGGGAAUCCUCGCAACAGAAACUCAUCUACGCUGGCAAGGUACUCGCCGAUGCCAACACCGUCGAAUCCUACAAAAUUGAGGAGAAGGGUUUCAUUGUUUGUAUGAUAUCAAAGCCCAAAACUACCCCCGCGCCCAAGUCUGGCUCUCCCUCUACACCUGCUCCAUCAACCUCCACCUCGACCUCAACACCCGCUGCCCCGGUUGCUCCUCAAUCCAACCAAUCCACUACCGCCUCAAAUCAGCCCUCGACGCCCACCCCUGCUCAAAGCGUAGCGGCCCCGGCCGCAGCAGCUGGACCGGGCUUUAAUGACCCCUCUGCAUUCCUCAUGGGCGGCCGCAAUGAAGCAACCAUUCGGGAGAUGGAGGCUAUGGGAUUCCCAAGACCGGAAAUAGAUCGUGCACUGCGGGCGGCAUUCUUUAAUCCAGACCGAGCCAUCGAGUAUCUCCUGAGUGGUAUCCCCGACAAUAUCCAGGCCGAGCAAAGACAAGCCACUCCAGGAGCCCCGGCAGCAAACCCGGCAUCACCACCCGCACCUCAGCCCGCCCAGCCGGCUCCAGUCGCCGCACCUGCUGGUGACGAACCCAUCAACCUGUUCGAAGCAGCGGCACAGGCCGGCCGCCCAGCUGGUGGGAGAAGAGCUCCCGCAGCCGCAGCAGGUCAAGGAGGGGCGGCUACAAAUAUGGACUUUCUGCGAAACAGCCCGCACUUCCAGCAACUCAGACAAUUCGUCCAGCAGCAGCCAGCGAUGCUCGAACCCAUCCUACAGCAACUCGCCGAAGGUAAUCCCGAACUUGCCCAGAUGAUCGGUUCAAAUCAGGAUCAAUUUCUCCAGCUGCUAGCCGAGGAUGCUCAAGAUACUCUCCCGCCCGGCGCUACCCAGAUCCAUGUGACUGAGGAGGAGCGGGACGCUAUCGAACGACUCUGCCGACUGGGAUUUCCCCGUGACCAAGUCAUCCAGGCCUACUUCGCUUGCGACAAGAAUGAGGAACUAGCAGCCAACUUCCUCUUUGAGCAGCCCGACGAUGAAGAGCAGUGA